AUGAGACUGAAGGAUAUCACCAUCUGCGCAAUUGCCAGUGCGAUUCUGACAACUGGUACCUCGGCUGCCCAGAUCACAAAAGGCCUGACCAAAUAUGCACAAGAUCUCUUUGACUGGUCCAUGUUUGUGAACGACAAGCGCUGGGAUGACUCGUACAAAUACAUCUCAUAUUCUGACCAUGGUCCCUGGUCGACCCGCUUCACAGCAUGGUAUGCUGCAGGUCUCCUAUAUAGGAAUAAGGGACGGGAUUUGUUCAAUGCCAAAGCUGCCAUUGAAAAUAUGCUGACUGACCAUGGCAUCAACAGUCUCACAUGCCAGAUGACCGAGAGCUACGAGUCGGCUUGGUAUGGCACCUUCAAGCUCUCACCAGACGAGCCAUAUCCGACACCGGACUCAGAGCUGUACCCGCCAGAGAUAUACACAACCUAUGACCCGAAUUGGAGAGAGUUCAUUGGGACACAGCUUGUACAAAUUGUCGAAGAGUUUUCCAAUCUGCUUGGAAAAAGCCUUGUCUCGCGUAUCGAGGACAGUUUGGAAAUCGCGGCUGUUGGGUCGAUGCGGCGCAAUGGUUCGUACCCGGAAGGUGACAACCUGACGCCAGCCUAUACCAACCCGGCUGUUAUGCGUGCAUGGUACGUUUCUUGGAUCGGCGAGCGCCGCAAUAACAAGACUUUUAUCGACUACGCCAACAGCCAGGGUGACGCGAUUUUGGAGUUGUUUAAGUCUACCGGAUCUAACGUGGUAUCUGAAUAUAAUGCCCCAACUUACUACGGAAUGGAUACCUGGGCACUUGCAGGUGCCAUCAAAUACGGCCAUCCGAGAACCGCGAUGACCAAGAACGCCAAGGUCAUCCUGAAACACUUGUGGGAAGAUAUUGCAGCUCACUACAACCCCUAUCUUGCAAACAUGGUGGGCCCGUACGAUAGAGCCUACACACGUGAUCUAGUUAGCAACUCAGCUGUCAUUGACUAUUUCUGGUGGGGCCUCUAUGGCUACGGGAUGGGGCCACAGCCUAACAAGCUCGAGGGAGACUUAUUGUUUGAUGUCUCUCAGGGCGCAGCAUUAGCACUUAUCAUGGACGUUGUUGCAGAGCACAUUUCAAAAGAGGAUGCGGCAUGGCUUCAGAAUAAAAAGCACUGGGAUGGAGAGCGCAUGAUCACUAAAAAUGUACCCGACGCCCUUGGUGCUGAUGCUGAGGUCCGCGUCGUCACAUCGUGGAUGAGCGCUUCAUUAAUGAUCGGUGCACAGCGGGUCAACGAGACCGUCAACCGCGGCCAGCAAUACGUUCCGGCUAUAGUUCAAUGGGCAGGCGACAAGAGCCAUACACCGCACCCGUACAUGACUUUCUUCAGUCUCUACCCAACGGCAUCGAGUAUUGAUGCUAUCGCGGGGCCAAACAGCUUAGAGAUAUCGUACCCAAACACUACCCAAGAUGGCACUGAUAUCUUCACAUUUGUUCUUGCGCAAGUGCCACCAAGCUGGACACUCAUUAAGAAACAGGUUGUUAGUGGCCUUGAGCAUCUGCCUUGUCUCGAUGUCACGGUCACUGCCGAGGGACUGGAAAAGCAGCCUGUCGUCUAUGGCUCAUCUGUCAUAGAUAAUCGUGUCUACAACAUAUCUUAUGUUGUGCCUUCUGGUUUUACUGGUGUGCCCAGGGUUUCGUUUGAAUUCGACUAUACUUGUUGA